UUCAGGUGCUCAGAUCCGGCACAAGAGGAGGCGCAAGACGGCGGGAUAAGCUGAAUACACAGGGCAGCGGCCACUCCCGACCACACGGAGAUAGAGAGAGAGAGUGAGAGAGCUAACACUUCGGCUUUGUUUCAUUUCGCUAAUCACUGUUUGAUCCGGUGCGUCUCUUUGAUCUCCCCUAAAAUCAGUUCGCUCUCGAAGUGUGGGUGCAAAUCGUGUGCCUCUGAGUCCUUUCCUCUCCCUCUCUCUCUCUACCUAUCUAUCUUUAUCUCUGUAUAUUUCUCUCUCUCUGCCCUGCGUGGAGAUGUUUAAAAGGAGCAAAAGCGAAGUUUUAGUGGACGAUGAAACGUCCGAAGGGGAAGAGGACGCGCCCUGGCAUCGGGAGCGCGCGGAGAAGGAUAAAGAACCAGAGGGAACAGAGGAAGCACUGGGCCCCUCAACCAAGGACACCAAGGCCAAGAAGGUGAAGCCUAAGAAGGACAAAGGGGACAAGAAGCUAUUUCCUUCACAAGACGAUGAGCACUUCCUGCUUAAAGGAGUCACAGUGUCGCACAAAAAAGGGUCUGCUAAGAAGAGCCUGGAGGAAGAGAAGGAAAAAGCUAAAGCGCAUUCCGAGAAAGACCGUGUCCAAUGCCUUUGGGACAGCAUCACCAUGACCAUGCGUCAGAUCACCCCGAACCGGAAGCUGGACAGGAUGGAGGGCUGGGAGCCGCCGCAGCUGGGCGAGGAAGCCGAGGGGAAGAAGAGCGAGGGAGAAGGGAAGAAGAUCGAUUCGUCUCCGCUCUCUACCGGCCUCUCGCUGUCUCUGCCCAGCUCUUUGACCCUGCCGUCCUGGACGGGGAUCGGCUCAGAGGAAGACUCUUCACGCUACUCCAGUCUGAGCGAGCCUCAAGCCACGGGACCUUCGCAGUGGGCCGCUCGUGCUCGAGAUAAACUGGCGGCUGUGCGACGCCGCAGCCCCGGCAGCCAAUCAGAGAGUGCGUGGGAGGGGCUUAAGUGAGAAAUCCGACCUCUCCCUAGACCCCGUAUGACCCCGAACACUCAAGCGCAUGGAAACGUAACUCGGAUUGGAUAGCAUGCACAGAAACAAGCAAACAACAAAACAGAGGGAGCAGGUGAUCAGAAUGAGGACGUGCCCUUUUGAGUGUACUUGACGAAAAUGGUGUUUUUUUUUUUGUUGUUGUUUUUUUUUAAGGUCUAAAACAACACAGGACGAUAUCUGUUGAGAUCCUGUGGCUUUUGAAAUCAUUUGGUUAAACUUAAAAUGCUAUGAUGAAUCAGUUUCUCCUGUAAAACACACUGAGUGUAUGGACGGACUUCGCCGUAUCUGCUGCCUUUUUGACCAGUGACGCACGACCGUGGCACUGAAAUGCUUGUUAACGCUUGACCAAACCAUUUAAUAUUUAAUCAGAAUAAUUAAUUACAAUCAGCCUUAAAUUCUUUUUUUUAUUGUUUUGACCAAUUGGCUUAGCCCUUGUUUUUGAUGAAGAAUGUCCGCGUUGCUUGAAGCCACAGACAGGGGGCGAUGUAAGAGACUACUGUGCCUUAUGAGCUCUAAAAUGUACUGGGAUGUCGUGAUUAGUGCUUGAAAGUGAUGGAAAUCAUUUCAACAAUGCCUUAUACCACCUGACUGUGAAUACCACACAGUACUGUACCUUCACUGAUGCUUUUGUUCGAAUAACCAUUACAGAAAAGGAGUCAUUCAAAACACAUCAUGCUGUCGGUGGAAGCUUCCAACUCAGGCGUUUAGAGCGUUUAAUUCUAGACGGUGCAGACGUGUCAACCUUUUUGCAAUGCAGCUUCAUAUUUUACUAUCGGAGUAUGGGGUGCAGGUGAGCCAGUCGACACGUUCAUCUACAGUAUAGUAGUCUGUUGACUUGAUCUAACAUUACAAUGGUCAGAUAUAAUGAUAAUGAAAUCGAUUUACUGAUAAUGACUACACUGUUCUCCUGCUGCACGGAAAUAUUCCAAAUGUGGUCAAGCCCCAGUGACUACAGGAACUGGAGUGCGUAUGUAUACAGGGUUUUACAUUAACCAUCAGGUGCUUGGGCGGAAAAAUAAAGGUGCGAGUCAUCUGUUUUAGGUAACAUAUUAGGAAUAGAAAAGUUUUCCUAUUAAAUGCUGCAUGGAAACCUGUAUCAAGACAUGCUUUCCAUUUUCAAAUCAGGUGGCUUAUCUGGCCAAGUUGUCCAUUUUUUGACAAAAAAUACCAACAAGCCACUCGGGUGCCAGAUGAGUUGAGUCACUUGGGAUCCAACUCUUCUGGCUCCCCUAUAAAUGCAGACUCUUUAAAUUUAUAAGCAUAAAUUUAUUUUAUUUUAGGACAAAAUGUCAGAGAUGAUUGUGAAACCAAAGAACUUAUUCUUUUCAGUGGGUUGAGUCAUUUGGUUUGCCUCACCAAAGGACAAAAUACCAAUGAGUCACUUGGGUUCCAAUGGAGGUGGCAGUUAUUGGAGACCUGAGCCACUAAGGAGCCAACUUAGCUCCCAAAUAACUUUCCUCAUCAAUUAGAGUCUACCAAUUUUUGAGUCACUCAUGAGCCAAUACAUUAGGCUCCCAAAUGUCUUGGCUCUCCGAUUAGAGCACUUUUUGAGCCAUAAGCAGUUGGGACAAAAUGGCAGUGAGUUGAUUGUGACACUGAAGAGUUGACUCUUUUUUAGUGAGUUGGAUCAUUUGGUUUGCUAACUCAAUUGACCGGUUUAGAACAAAUUAUCAAUGAGCCACUUGGGUGCCAAUAAAGGUGGCUCUUUAUGGUGAGCUGACCGACUUGAGAGCCAAGUCUUUCAGCUACCAAAUGAAUCGGCUCUUCAAUUAGAGCUGACUCUUUUACUGUGAGUCAGCUCUAAUUGAUGAGCCGAGUUGACUCUUUUCACUUGGAAGCCAUUUUUUUUUUUCAGCUCCCCAAUGACUGGAGUCACCAUUUGGACCUGACUCUUUUACCAAGUCACUUGGAAACCAAAUAUUUUGCCACCUAAAUUACUUGACAUAUCAAUUAUAGUUGACUCUUUUCUGAAUCACUUGGGAGCCACAUCUUUCAGCUCCAAAAUGACUCGUCUCACCAUUUAGAUCUGACUUUUUUUCACUUGGAAACCAAAGCUUUUGAUUUCAAACAACUCGGUUCACCAAUUAGAACCGACUUUUUUCUUAGUCACUUGGAAGCCAUAUUUUUUAAAAAAUGAUUCUUUUUUUAUUUACUUGAAAACCAAAUUUAUCAGCUCCCAUUUAUCAAACUUCCCAUUUAGAUCUUUUACUUAGUCACUUGGAAACCAACCACUUAGAGUUGACUUUUUUUUUUUGUUUACCUAGUCACUUGAAAACUAAAUUGUUCGGCUCCCAAGUGACUCGGCUCACCCCUUAGAUCUGACUCCAUUUAUGAGUCACUUGGAGAUCAAAUCUUUUGACGAACAGAUGACUUGGCUCACCAGUUAGAACUGACUUUUUCUUAGUCACUUGGAAGCUAAAUUUUUCAGCUCCCCACAAUUGGGUUCACCAUUUAGAACUUUUUGAUUUACUUGGAAACCAAAUUUUUUAGCUCCCAAAUGACUUGUCCCACCAUUUAGAGUUGACUCUUUUUCUGAGUCACUUGUAAACCAAAUCUUUUGACAUCCAAACGACUUGGCUCACCAGUUAGUUGCUCUCCAAGAGUUGACUCUCAUCAGUGAGUUGAACCAAUUGGCUCAUCUCAUUUUAGGACAAAUACCAGUAAGCCAACACCACUUGACACUAAUGAGGUGUCAAAAUGAGUCUGUUUAUAUUGAUGAGCUGAGCUACUUUGAAUCCGACUCUUGAAUCCGUCUUUUGAAUAUCUAGUGCAUCCUGAUGCUUGCCAUAAACCCCUGCAUUAACACAUACUCCAGUUUUGGGAUGCCACAGGGUUACGUGCUAUUCCUCUUCAGGGUUGGCAGGUCUGCAGAUGAGAUCUUCACCUUAAAGGCAUUUGUAGAAUGUUAUCACAAGGUACAGUUUCUCACUGCCUUAUGAAAGCUUUACUACUGUAAGAUAUCCAUUCCCUUCCUCUUUUUUGAGCCUUAAAAAAACGAGUGAAACUACUGUAUGGCUACUGAUGCUGAAUUUCCUGCUUCAUCUUAUAAUUUACACUGAAGGAUUUUAAGAAGCAUUGGAAUAAAUACCAAAUUAACACACUGCAAAUAUAGUCGAUCGGCCAACACACACUUGCUACUGAUGAGUCAUGGAGGGUCAUGCAAAAUCUUUCAGGAUUCAGGCCUCAGUAUGAUGUAGCACACAUCAGGGAUUCUCUGUACUUCCACUGGUCUCAUUCUAACACACUUUCCCCUUCUGAUGUCGAUGCUGAUCUCUUUUUCUCUUUUGUUAAUUCGACUUGAUUUAGUUAUAACGGAGCCUCCACAUUGAUGCUCUCCAUAACUAGUCCAAAUCUGCCAAACCUCCACCGCGUGAACAAAGACAAUCAUGCUUGUCAAAAUUCUACUGAUGUUAAUAGGUUUGUGUAUACUUUUGCAUAAUGUCAAGUUCUUUUUGAAGUAUCAUUUUAAAUUAUAUAAGAUUUUUAUUUGAUUGUUCUGUUUGCUGAAAAUGUCUAAACCCUACUUCUAUCAUUUGAUUUUAAUCACCAGACUUUUGAUUCCAAAUAAAGCAUCUUUUCACA